AUGGCGCUAAACGAUCAUAAGCUACAUGACUGCGUAUUCAAGAACAUCACUCCAAUGGAGACGCUCGAAUUCAUGGCAGUAAACCACUGGACAUACUGUGGAGGAUGCAAUACGCGAUCCCACAUGCAUCCGAGGGGAGAAUGUCAAAGAGUCGGAUGCUACCAAUGCGGUUCCAUGGGCCACGCGACAGCUCAAGCCCUAUGCGAUCUACCCAUCGGCGGUGUCACUCCUGAAGCUCAAACGAUGCAGCAAGAGACAGCCUGGGGAUUCCGCAGAGAAUGCUUACAGCGCACGCGAGCUCUGAUUCUCAACACCACUCACCCACUGAAAUAUCGUUUAUUCACGGAUCACCGAGCAAUCUUCAUCGAAGCUCGGGAACCUCACGAUCAGGCGGGUUGGAGAGUCUAUCGAGAUACCGACAACGAAUUCCCUUUUGCGGACAUCCAGCGAUACUCUUAUACGCACGAAAACCCACCACGGAGAGCAUACUUCACAGUAUUGCAGCCUCCAGAGUACGCUCUCAAAACUGUGAACAAGAUUCCAGCAUUUUCUCCGGACGAAUCCGCCUAUUUAGAGCGGUGCGGACAUUGGAUCACUCAGUACCGUCAAGGCAAUGAGCUACCAAUCCCAACCUUACUCGACGAGUCAGAUUCUAGCAGUCCACCAAGCUCUGAUAGCGAGGAUGAGUCUGAUGAAGACAAUGCUCCUCAACGUCAACCAGAGGAAGUUCCAGCACCUCUCAACAUCAUUCCUCCCAUCAUUGUCCCACCACCGGCACCACUACCACAAGUUGUUCAUGGCAUCGCCAGAAUCGUAGCGCAAGACCACAGACUAGCUCGCAACGGCAACUUGAUUGACUACGUCAACGGGUGGGCUCACCGGCCACUGGACUGGGCGCAAGAAAUGGAACGGGAUGAGAGAGCAAACCAAGGUCAGCGAGAUAGAGUGGCUCGGGAAAUCAGACUGUUCGAAGCCCGAUUCGCACGAGUACCGGUUGAACCAGUUGAGGAAAUUGUUCAAGAGAGAGAAGAAGAAGAUCAGCCUGACGGACAUGCCAUGGAAAAAUGCACACGACUAUGCUCUCGCCCCAUCAUCUGGAUGGACGAGACGGUUCGCCCGUGCUUCCAAAAAGAGGCCUUCGCAAAACUCGAAGCAGCUUCUCCUCCAGACACAAAACGAUCGAUGUGCCACAGAGCUCAAGCCUACCUCCUAACCCUCACUGGUCAAGCAGAUCACCGCUACGGAGCUUAUGACAACAUCAGUCACUUCCAAAUGGCUCAGUACAUCGAAGAUCUCAAGUCGUACGGAAAGAGACUACGAGGCGAAGAAUGGACUCUCUGCAAAUUGGAAUACAAUUCCAUCGAGAACAUCAGAAGCCCGCUACGUCCGGAAGGAUCCAGAUUCAUCUAUCUUCCAACGGUCACUCUUUGGUGUAUCGCCUCAGUGCAAGGAGCAAUGAAGGCCGUAUUGGCAAAACGCGACCCAGCUCAACAUGUCAAUCCUAUCGACAAUGUAGUUGGACUCGACUCAAAGCCAUGGUUCAACAUUUUGCUACCAUCAUUUGCCGAUGACGAAACCAACCCAGCAGCACAGUUUGCUCGGGAAACUGAGCUUCGCAAAGAACUCGCAAACCCGAUGAAUGUCCGGUACAACAACAACACUCGAGCACAUUUCGAAAGCCACCUGGACAGGUACUUGGAUCUUAAAACCCCAAGAGACCUCACUACGUGCGAGAAAUGA